GACGGAAGCAGUGCCUUAGCAAUAGCCAUGGAGGCAGGACAUCGUGAUAUCGGUGUACUUCUAUAUGCACAGAUGAACUUUACAAGUAAACAAUCACCAAGUUUAUCACGAGCCAGAAUGAAAGGAUCACCAAGCCCAACUCGAAGAAUUCCUAACAGCCCAACCCUUCCUGGAAGAGCCAGUCCCUCGCCAGGAAGAAUGAGUCCAUCACCAAGAACAAGUCCACUUCCAAGCCCUUCACAUAUUCCUCUUCCAAGGCGCAAUUCAACUGGAAGUUCCAGUCACAGCUUCACAGCAUUUCAUGAGAGGCAAGAACAGCAGCAGGCUAAAAAGCGAACAAGUCCAACUCGCAGGAUACCAACCCGCUCCACUAGACCAUCAUCAGCUGGGGUUGGUAGAAGCACAAGACUGGCAAAGGGCAAAUAAUCUGUUUAAAACGUUCCAAUUACAACUUAUUUGGAAUAGAUUAUCUUGCACAAUUCCAUUCUGAUUCAAGGAAAACUUCACAUAGAUAUUUGUAUAAACUUGUACAAUCA